GUUAACAACCUCGCCAGUAUCCUCUGGAGAUCUUCUGCACAUCUUCAUUACUUUGCCUAUUACGCUGAAUAUCUCUACCUAUAAUGGCCGAUGACGAGAUUCAGAGGUUGCGCCAGCUUUUGGAGGACGAAAAACGACGUCGGCAGGAAGCAGAGCAGGCUCAACUGGAAGCAGAGCAGGCUCAACUGGAAGCAGAGCAGGCUCAACUGGAAGCGGAGCGGGCAUUAGAAGAACAGAUACGGCCCUUAACGCUCUUUGAAUAUCUUGAUGCCUGCCAUACUUAUCUCUUUUCGGGUCUUGUCCCUGGCACACUCGGCCAUUCAACCAAAGGGAAUGCCGAAAAUGCUGAUGGCAAACUCCGUCCUCAUCGCAUCUGCGAAUGGCUUUCGUUUGCGGAUGAACAGACGAAAAUAUGGUCCCAGUUGCUGAAUGAAGAGAAUGAAGGCUUCAUUAUGCAGCGCAAAUUUGACUCCUUACAUGCAAUUAUCGCUAUGGGAAAGAAGACAAGAAAAAAAAUUCACUCGGAAAUCGACCUUCGCUAUUUUCAACGGGAUGCCGUCACAACGCCCGUAGUGUCCGUAAUAGAGGCCUUCUUUGAGAAUGAGCAACUCCAACAGUUAUUCGGGCUUCAGGGACAAAUUACCUUUGAAAACCACGCAAACACACUUACCACCACUCCAACUUCCUCCCGACCUCUGGCAGAUGAGUUUUGUAUUUACAAUAAAGGUGAGAAUGUCAAAAUUCCUGCAUUUAUUGGUGAACUCAAGCCACCGCACAAGCUCUCACUGGAAAUUAUUCAAAAUGGACUUAAAGAAAUGGAGCUUGCCGAGAUUGUUGAGCGUGGUGAUGAUGAGACUGAAGAAAUUCGGCAUUGUCGUUUGGUCGCUGCAGUCAUCACCCAGGCAUUCUCCUACAUGAUCAAAGCCGGUGUUGAAUACGGGUAUGUGAGCACUGGCGAAGCAUUUAUUUUCCUUCACUUCAAAGCCGAUGAACCAGGGACGGUUUAUUAUUAUCUUUCAGUCCCCGGGAAUGAUGUGGGCAAGGAAACUGGAUUUACAGGGGAGGCCGAAGAUCAUGAAAACAGGUUGCAUAUGACAGCAGUUGGGCAGGUUCUUGCUUUUGCACUUCGAGCAAUAAGGACCAUCCCCCAUGAUCAAAGAUGGAAAGACUGGGCCGCGAGUCAGUUGAAUAUGUGGGUGGUUACAGAAGAAGAUUUACAUUCGCCAACGCCGGAAAAUGAUGAGAAGCCCCCAACACCUUACAGGCCACUGAAAAGUGCUCGGGAAUUUGUCAGGAAAAGCCCUGUCCGCACCCGAUCGAAGACCGCGCGAUCAACCUGCAAACCAACAUCUUUAUUGCAGAAUAGCAGUGGGGAAGAUGACAAUGAUAGCGAGUCUGACCCUAAUUCUUCUAGGAAAAGACCUCGACGUUCUGCGGAUGUCAUGGUUGCGGCACCUCCGCCACCUAACCGGGUAUCAUCUUACAAGGGGCCCGUCUGUAAGGAUGGAACUCGGCGAUAUUGCACUCAAAAGUGCUUGCUUGGUCUCUUGAAUGGUGGGCCGCUAGAUAGGGCCUGUCCAAAUGCCCAAGAACAUGGGACAGAAGUCCAUAAGAUCGACCAUACCACUUUCCUCUCCCUCCUCAUGGCACAGAUACUACAGGAAAUAAAAGAUCCUUGGUCCCAGCCUCUGGGUUGCGAAUCGCUGCAUAGGCACGGUUCUCGUGGUGCACUGUUUGAAGUUAUUCUUUUUCAAUACGGGUACACUCUGGUAGGAAAAGGCUUUCCUCUAGAGUUUGGUCCCUACCUCAGGCAUGAAAAGGCACUCUACGACCACUUGCAGCCGAUCCAAGGUGUACAUAUUCCUGUAUGUCUUGGCACAAUCGAUGUUUCUAAGCGGCCCAUGUUCUACGAUGGAAUUGCAGACAUUCCCCACCUUUUACUUCUCGCCCACGCAGGCACUGAAAUUUCAAAAUGUAAUGUUGCAGAGACUCAAAUUGUGUCUGCAGUAUCGGAGGCAUUGCAGGCCGUUCAUGCGCUGGGUGUACUCCACCGUGAUGCGGAAGAAAGAAAUAUGUUUUGGAGUGAGGAAGGUGAGAAUGUGCUGGUAAUUGAUUUUGAAAGAGCAAAGAUUCUUCGCCGUGAACGAGCGCCUUUAGGAAACACAUCACCGAACCAGAAGAGAAAGAGGGUGUCCAAGAGUAUGGAUGGAGAAACAAAGCUGGCUGUGAGACAAAAGCGGAUUGACGCUAAAUUCGAGAGAGAGCUUCAGGAGACGGUUGGUGUUAUAACCCAUGUUACUAUAUGUUUUUGUAAAUUGAAAGAGGAUAGUGAUACAUCUGUUGUAGCUGCGUAUGGGGCUGUGGAUCCCAACUUCGCAAACGGGGCGUUUUUGAGAGCGAGAAAGCUCAGACUCGCUUGUGGAACGAUUGAAUCAGGGUUUGGCGCGAUGCCCCAGAGAAACAGGCAUGCGCCACCCCUAGUUACAACAACGUUUAUCCUCCUACAUCCACGGAUCUUCCCAAUUAUCCGUCGCCAUGGCAACGAACCGGGCAUCAAUAGCAAAAUCUAG